CCUUUUUUUUCCUUUUCUCCCUCCAAUAUAAACCACAGAUUUCCCUCCCGUAAGUCCAGGGGAUCCUGUGUUAAUUUUUUUUCCACUAGCAAAGAUAUUUUUUAAGUGGGCAUAAUAGUCCAUCUCCAUCUCUGCAUCUGUGUGGUCUUCAUCUGAACAGAUGUCUUUCAAAGAGAGGUCUCCAGUGUCAAUGAGAACAGUCUCAUUUUGCAUUGUCAAUCCCUCUUUUUGUUUUAAAUUGGUAAAGUAAAAAAUCUCUUCUACUUUGUUCCAUUUUCUCAAUAACUUCAAGAUUUUGGUUAAUCAUAUCAAUAGAGCAUCCUAGAUCUAUGCCAAUUUUGUCAGCCAUGAAUAAAAGAGAGGGGUUAUUAACCUCCUCAUCAUUCUCCUUACCAUAAUUGUCUUUGUCAGUUGCUCUUUGUUUUGCCAGGUCCUCAAUCUUUGCAUCUUGUUUGCCAGCUAGCCUGCCACAUCUUCUUAGAGAUUCACUAGGCUCUAUAUAACUAUAUUUGUUGUUGUGGUUGUUCUGGGUUUUUUUUUUACAAAAUGAUUUGGAUUAUUUAUAUGGAGCCAAAGUCAUUUCUGUAAUUUCGUAAAUAGGAAAUCCCUAAACCUAUUCUUCUAAACCUAACCUACGCAACAGCCGCAGCAGCAGGCCCAACAGGCCGAAAGCCAGCGCACAGCCGGCAGCUGCGCAUGCGCAGGUCAGCGCUGACGCUAGUGGAGCCCCACUUGUCUGCCUCUCUGCCCUUCUCUUUCUAUGACAGCGGGACCCGCCGUCAUCUCCUACCUCCCCACGGACUCCUCUUCACGCACGACCGUGCCACCCCGACCGAACCAGGCACGGGCGAUUCGCCCCGAUCCCUAACCCCCUCAAUCGAAUCCGUGGGCACAUACCGACUCCUCUCGAUCCCCUUACCCGAUUCCCGCAACCUCUGCUCCAGAUCGCCCUUCAAAUUGACAGCAUGGACCUCGCAAAGCUUCGCCGCCCGGGCUCCAUCUCCGGCCAAUCCUGUCGACCCCGAGGUACCCCGAGCUCUCUCUGUCCGCCAUAUGCUUCGUCCUGUUGAGCCUCUCCUUCUGACCGGAUUUCUCCCUUCGCAGACGCUCGGAUUCGAGCUCCCCAGCCAAACCAAUCUCGCCGGAGCUCCCAUCGCCAGCAACCCCUACACCGGAGGAAUUUGUCGCCACCAAGGGAGAGCACCAAACCGACCACGCCGAGCUCGCCCGGAGCAAAUCACCGCCACCCGUCGCUCCAGCCGUACACCGCCUGACGACGUCCCGUCGUCACUGACCUCACAACCUUCAUCGUCAUCACUCUGCGCACCUGCUGGUCCACCCUCCCUUCGCCUUGGUCCACCGGAGAGGCCACACCGAGAAACGCCAGAGCCACACCGACGUCGGAGUUCCAAACGCCACUUCUCCGUUGAAGCUUCCAUCGUCUCCGUCAUCAAGCUGCAUCCGCCUGUCACCUCAUCUUCACCGGAGAGCCACCGGAGGAGCGCCGCCGCCCACGCCCGAAGCCGUCGCCAUUUUCCCCUGCUUUGGUGAUCACGCGCGCACAACAACAUCUCAGCCAAUCCACAUGUGACACAUGGCGAUAUGCUACAGUAACCGCAGUUCAAAAUCAUGUUUUAGACAAAUUUUCUCCAAUUUUUCGUUUAGCUAUAUCUCUUGGUCUGCAUAUCCAAAUUCAUCGAUUCUUUUUCCUGUGUACUCGUAGCGACUAGGAGAAUACAGUAGAAUCAAAGUUUCACACGUUUGAACUGCUCAAA